UUUAAAUAUUUUAAUGAAUUUGCAUCACCCACUCCUGAAGUUAAACAGUGGGCUCAAUUAAUAAAAACGGAGGAAGAACAAAAGGGUACAAUUAAAGAGCUAUUGAUGACUUUAAAUGGCUUAAAAUGCAGAGCUAAAGAAAUUUUAGAUGAAUCCUCUAUAAUAUUAGAUAACGAACAACGAGAUUAUGAUGGAAUGAAGGUAAAAUAUAGUAAUUUAUGGACACAACCUCCAAACACACUUACUGCAGUUUUUCAUCAAGAUUUGAAUAGUCAUAAAGAUACACUUGAAAAAGCCGCAAAUUCGGAUCAACAUUUGUUUCAAAGAUAUGAUCAAUCUCUAAAUGAUAUUAUGAUUUUACGGAUGGGCGAAAAUGGAGAUGAUUUAGAAAAAAUAUUUGCAGAAACAUUAGCAUCCUCUAUAAAUACUAAUACUGAUAUGUUCGUGGGUGGUAGGAGAAUAAGCAAUGCAGAGAGUUUACUGGACGUAGAUACAUCAAAGUCUGAAGAAGAUAUUAACGUUAAAGUACAUAAGGUCGAAGUAUGCUUAGACAAUUUAAAUAAAAUUAGAAAAGAACGAAUGGAUACAUUAAAUGAUUUGAAGGAAAAGGUACAAAAUAUUGAGCCACAGCUUUUUGCAACUGAGCUUGAAAAAUUCUCCCCAUAUCGAAAUCGUAUAACUGCUAGCAUUCAUCAUCAGCAAGCUUUAUUACAAGAACUCACAGAUCAUUACAAAAACUUAAUGGAAAGUGAUGAAUCAAAGACGUUGCAAUCACGGUGGGAUCAUGCUGAACGGAAAAGAAAGGACGUGUGCGAUCGAUUGAAAAAAGCAAAAGAUAGUUAUCUCGAAGUUAAAGAAGGUUUGAGGAAGGGGAUUCAAUUUUAUUCCGAUUUGACUGAACUUAUUGAAAAUCUUUCCAAGACUUUACAAAAAUCUGCCAAAUCUCGCCAACAAGAGCGUAAUGAAUUGGUACAAUCUCUUCAAGAACAACAAAUAUUCAAAGAUAAAUUAAUAUCUUCAAGUACACCUUCUUCUAACCAAGCGAUAAAUCAUUAUGAAUCUUUAAAUCAACUUGCAGAAGAAGCAAAUAAAUUAUCACUUAAUAGCAAUAUGAUACCCAUUGGUGUCAAUAGGGAUUUGAGUAAUUCGACAAUACCACAGACUCAAUCUAAUGUUACAAAUUUCUACAAUAAUAUAUCACAUUCCUCCUCUCAACCCUAUAAUACUUCACCUAUUCGAAAAGAUUCUAAUACAAAUCCAUCAGCACCUCCUUAUAUUCCCAUAGCUCCUCCGAAACCAUCUGCACCAUCUACUUUAAAUUUAGGUUCUUCUAAUAAUUAUUCUUCGCAAGGAUCUACUUCCUUUUCCGUACAACCGUCGACAUAUCCCACGAAACCUUCCUCUCCGAAGUUACAAGGUCCACCUUUACCCCCUUUACCUACUGGAUAUCAACAACAUAAUAUUGUCCAUAACUCAUCACAAUCAGAUAUCCAACGUUCAUAUCAGCCCGCAUUACCAGCGGUCUCUCAAUCACAACAAACGCUGCCACAACAAUCACCAAUAUUACAUCAAAACCAUUCUUUUAAUGGUCAAUAUACACAUUCAUCAAUACCAGCACAACCUUCUCAAUCUCAACAACAAUUUCACACUCAACAGCAUAGUUUAUCAAGUACAUCAUCGCCUUUACCGGUUCACCAGCCUCCUUAUUCAUCAAAUUUCCAAUACUCUCAACAACCACUUACACCAUUACCACCGCAACAUCAUCAAUUUCGUCAAUCGUCGUAUGAAAAUUAUGCUAGUGCAGGAUAUAAUCGGGUACCAAUAAAUCAACUCUCACAAUCACAUUAUGCUGGCCAAUCAUCCGGAAGCCUAUAUCAACAACAAUCACCACCACCACCACAAUAUUCCGGAAAUCAACCACCUCAACAAGGAUUUAACAACAAUUUUCCUCAUCAACCAACAACUUAUUAUCAACCUCCAAGUCAAGUUGCCCAACAAGUUAACGAGGGUUAUUAUCAACAUUCAAACUAUCGGCCUGCACCUGUGCAACCUGGUUAUCCUUUUCAACAACAAGAUCGUCCACCUACCCAACAGCAAAAUAUACAAUCACCACAAAAAUCAUUAUUGGAUUAA